CUGUCGCGUGUGAAUGACGACAGACUGACGGGCAAUUGAAUAACCACGGUCAACAUGGCGGUGUCCAUGAGACAGCUGGUCCGGAGGGUGAUCCGUCUCUCCAACAGAAAUAUUAACGUUACAGCAGGUGGAGUUUCGGGUCGGUCCGGUUGCUGCUGGGGACCGUCGUCUUGUCGUUGUUUCAGCGACAGAAACACGCAUUUUGGCUUCGAGACUGUGCCAGAGGCAGAGAAGGCGAAGAGAGUGUAUAAGGUGUUUGAGAAUGUGGCCCAGAAGUAUGACAUCAUGAACGAUGCCAUGAGUCUGGGGAUUCAUCGACUGUGGAAGGACGCGCUGCUGCACGUCAUGAACCCACAGCCUGGUGCACGACUACUGGAUGUGGCAGGCGGAACGGGUGACAUUUCUUUCCGUUUCCUGGAGUACGUUCGUUCUCAACAAGAGCGCCAGAAGCGGCGGGUGGCGAGGACCAUGCAGACGCCUUCGUGGCAGGACAUUUCCAACAACUACUCCAACGAGGACAAGGAAGGGCCCCAGGAAUCCAGAGCGGUGGUGUGUGACAUCAACAAGGAGAUGCUGAAAGUGGGCAAGCAGAAAGCCGACAGCACGGGCAUCAGUGCUGGUCUGUCGUGGGUGGUGGGGGAUGCAGAGGAGCUGCCCUUUGAUGAUGACCAGUUUGAUAUUUACACCAUCGCCUUCGGCAUUCGCAAUGUCACUCAUAUAGAUCAGGCGCUACAGGAGGCUCUGCGGGUCCUGAAGCCUGGCGGCAGGUUCCUGUGCUUGGAAUUCAGUAAAGUGACAAAUCCUGUGUUGGCAAGGCUUUAUGACACUUACAGUUUCCAGGUAAUUCCAGUUUUGGGAGAGGUGAUUGCUGGAGACUGGAAGUCCUAUCAGUAUUUGGUAGAGAGCAUCCGCAAGUUCCCCGACCAGGAGGAGUUUAAAUCUAUGAUUGAAGAUGCAGGUUUCUACUGCGUGCAGUAUUACAACCUCACUGGCGGUGUGGUGGCUCUUCACUCUGGUUUCAAGCUGUGAGAUGAACUUCUAAAACCUCCAAAUGAGCAAAUACACUGACUCUGUGUUUCAGGCUUUUCCGCCUGUAUGACAAACUGUCUGCAGGGUUCUCAGACAUAUCAUAGAGCAAGAAGCCUCAGCUCCUCUCCGCAGAUGUCACUGCACGACGGCAGAAAAUCUGAGCUUUGUGGACAUAUUUAUUACUUGUAAACUGUACUUUUUACCAUUAUUAAUAUAAAGAAUUUCAAACUAAAUUUGUAUUUGGUGUAUCAGUGGUAAGACAAUUGCCAAGUAACUUAAGUUUGAAGUUUUUUUUUCCGGUAACCUACAUUUUGGUAAUAAAUAAAACCUACAAAAGGUUUAUAACUACAUCAAACAACAGCUGAUGACUUGUGGAAAUAACGCUGAAUGUAAAUAAUGUAAAAGGAGGACACCACAACAUGAGUUACUUGAAUAAAACUGUAUAUUUUACA